UCUUGCAAAGAGGAUUCUGUCAGGAGUGACUCUGUAUCUGCCAAGCAUGGAUUUCCUUUUCCCUGGCAGCCAUGAUAAGCCAAAGACCGACUAUUUUCAAGUUAUAGCGAUAGCCUGCCUUAACCAAAGCUGGAAACAAAUCUGGUAUACCGCUGACAUUUUCAUCCUAAUCACAGGGUUGAUGGCUAAUGCUGCCCUGCUUUGGUUGCUUUUUAGAGAAAGAAGAAAAUUAUCUGCCUCUCAGAUUUUAGGUGUUAAUCUUGCUGUGAUGGAUCUUGUCUUUCUGUCACUAAUGCCGUUCAGCUUGACUUCUGAUGCACAACAGAUUAACCAAAAUAUCAACACAACUGAAUCAGAAACUUCCCCAACGCCUAAAGCUCCCAUAACGGAGGCAAAAGACGUCUUCAGUAUGCUCAAUUUGACUGGCUGCCCCCUGCUGCUAGCUUGUAUGUGUAUUGAGCGCUACCUGGCAGUGGUUAGACCCAUACUGUACCUUAGAAUAAGGAGGUGGGAGUACCCAACGGCUGUUUCUGCUGCAGUGUGGAUGAUCAGCUUGUCCUUCUGUCUAGCUACAGGUUUGUUGAAAGAUAUGGUUUUAAUGAUGGUGCCUGUUUCUAUCACCAUCUCCUGCCUCUUCAUCCUAAUGCUCGCCUGCCUCAGGGGUGUGGUGUGGUCAUUAUGGCAGCAAAGUCCUGCCCUCAUCACAACUGGAAACCAUGCCCCGAGCGUGUCACCCUUAAAGAGACGGGCAGUGGGAAAUGUGUUGGCUGUGGUGGGGCCUGCAGUGAUGGUUUACCUCCCAGUCCUGGUGAUGUUUCCCUUGGUCUUAUAUAAGUUCCUCGUGAACAAAUCCUUGGAUAGUGUAAUGUGUACUGUCUUUGAAUUAUCUAACCUUUUCCCAAAGUUUGGUGUCCUCAUAGGUCCUAUGUUCUAUUUCUCCAAAGCAAGACAAAUAUGCUGUCCAGGUGUGAAAGACAAGAAAUGAAACAAAACUAUCUAUCUGAAAUAAGUUAAUGUAAAUAUAUUGCUUGUAGCAAAAAUGGAAUAUAAUGUUGAUAACUAUGUUUUAAUUAGCAAAGAAUGCAAUGAGAAUAAGAACAGUUGUGUUU